AUGAAGUUCUCUCUUUUACAGACUAUUGCGUGCCUGCUGGCUAUCGAACCUUUGGCCUGCGUUCUCGCCUUUCCUGCAGAGUAUAAUCCAACAUCGGCUAAUCAUAACGAGGUCGGGAGCCUUGCGACAGGAGAGAAUGAAAAACGCGCUGGGUCCAACGCGGUCCCCAUGAAGAAAGUAGCCUCAAAUACCUGGGCAGGAUCAAAAUCAGCGAAAGGGUUGUUUGGGCAGCCCGCGAGCGAUGCAGGAGUGCGCGGCGCUGCUAAGGACACUGCCGAUCAGUUCAAGAAAGAUCACAAAAAACCGGGAUUCAAGGUUAUAUUGGCCACUAUCUCCAUUCCUGGUGUUGGAUUCGUAUCUGGUACGCAAUGGAAAGCCAAUGACGAGGAUUUCGAGGAGAGAGCAAGCACGUACGCACCGAAUUUCUGGGCUGCGGUGCCUGGUGGUGCCCAGCAACGGAACUAUGGCACAGACGGCGCAAAGUGGCACGCAGAAGCAGUGGCUGCCGCACGAGCAGAGGAGCUAUACGGCGCCAUCAUGGAUCCAGAGACUGGAAGAUGGCCAGAUGGCACGAAGAUCUAUGUGUAUGAGUACAAGGAAGGGAGUACCCCGAAACCAUUCAAGAUUUGCGAAGGAGAAUCCACAGCUAUGAUCGGUUGUACUACAUGGCUCAGGAAUUUGAAUAUCGACGUAGUUCCGAUGGCAUAG